AUAUGGCGGAGCAUAAUACUAAUUUUUUCUGAGUGUAUGUGAAUUAGUUGGCCAUUAGCCGCCAUUAUGGCUUUUUGUAAACCACGCGAUUUAACAAAAGUUUGUCAAACAUUUUUUAAUAAUUGUGACUGAGUGAAUGAAAAAAUCAUAAUGGAUAGCAAUUAGGGAGAUUUUAAAUAAUUUUGUAAUGGUCCAAAACGACCGUUCUGCGGACCAGCAAAUAAAAAAUAUUUUUUUUUUGAAAAUCAGUCUUGUGUUUAUAAAAAAAGAGAUGAGAAGAAAGAACGAAAAGUGAGAAGAAAAAAAAAAUCAUCCAGCUACUACGACUUCGCAAUUGAUUUUCGCGUAUAUCCCUGUACGAUACACACCACUGUUAUACACAGGCAGCAGUAACAACAGCAGCAGCAACAGCAACAACAACAACAACAACAACAACAACAACUGUAGGAACAUAAUAAGAACGUAACCAAACCUAAAAUACACACAAAAAUGUCGAAAUUAUCGUUUCGGGCGAGGGCCCUCGAUCCAUCAAAACCAUUAAAUAUUCAUAUUGCGGAAGAAUUGCCGGAUUUGACGGAAUAUUCGGCAAUAAAUCGCGCUGUUCCACAAAUGCCAAGUGGCAUGGAAAAGGAGGAAGAAUCCGAACAUCAUUUACAGCGAGCAAUAUGCACCGGUUUAAUAAUCCCAACACCAGAAGUAUUCGACAUCGAUCAGGAAUUUUACGAUCGAAUUUAUCCGGAAGAUUUCAAAGUUUCCCGUCAACUGAUACGUAUGCAACCACUUGGUAUCGAACAAGAUAUACCUGAUUAUGACAUGGAUAGUGCUGAUGAGGCCUGGAUAAGUUCGCAAAAUCGACGUUUUGAUUUGUCACCGCUAAAAUUUGAAGAGAUGAUGGACCGUUUAGAAAAAAGUUCCGGCCAAACGGUCGUUACUUUGAACGAAGCGAAAGCAUUACUCAAACAAGAUGAUGAAAUUAGUAUAGCCGUUUACGAUUAUUGGUUGAACAAACGUCUCACCACACAACAUCCAUUGAUACUAGCCAUUAAGACGGAGAAUCGAGCCGGUUCAGCGGUGAAUAAUCCAUAUAUAGCAUUUAGGAGGCGAACCGAAAAAAUGCAAACGCGUAAAAAUCGAAAGAACGACGAAACCUCAUAUGAGAAAAUGCUUAAAUUGAAGAGAAAUCUUAGUCGGGCUGUGACGUUACUUGAGAUGAUCAAGCGGCGUGAAAAAACGAAGCGCGAACAUGUUCAUCUAGGUAUUGAAAUAUUCGAAAAACGAUAUCAAGCUAGGGAUUUCAAUGGAUACCUGCUAGCCGAAUACACAAACAAUGCAAUGAAAAAUUCGAGAUCGGCUUUCGCACCAUUAUAUGGGAAUCAAUAUUCAGGGCAACAAUCAAAUCAAUACUGGUCGAAUUCGGGAUCGCAUUAUGCAUCAAGUGGGAAUUCAACAGGUAUGUCAUCGUUACUUAAUAAACAUGGCAACAAUGACAUCGAUGGACCACUUCAUAAUAACAAUCGAAAAGAGAAACGGCAAUACAAAAAACGGAAGCACAAAAACCAACGCGAAAAGCAAGCGUCUGGUUCUACCAUCGAACAUUUGGCAUCAUCCGAUGAGGACGAGCCAAUCAUUAACCUUAAUCAUUUAGGACACGACACCGAAAACGAGGGACUAUAUCCAUUUAGACGAAGUAGCUCAAGUCAAUACCAUAGGCCUCUUAUAAAUGAUCACGGUCAUUGGCCAUGGGAGACAAAAAGCGAAAAUAGUGCUAAGUACCGGUUUACCUUAACAUCAAUCCGACAUCCGAGAGUCAAAUGUAUCGGAUUUGCUCGUCGACGACGUGGUCGAGGAGGUCGAAUCGUUUUGGAUCGGAUCUCAACGAAUAUGGAUGAAUUUUGGGCAAAUCUUGACUAUACCAUUUAUUCUGGUAACACACAGCUCACCGCUAAAGAGAUAUGCCAACAGCAUGAGCAUAAAAAAUUACAGCAAAAACAACAACAGCAAGACAGUAUUGUCAAUGAUAAAUCGCAAAGAAUUGUCAUCGAUUUAGAGCCAACAAAUACCCAAAAAUCAACGUCAUUAUAUUCGCAAGCCAGUGUUAGCAGUGAUGAUAAAAUGGAAAAUAUUGUGAUAAAAACAGAAGAAAAGACAACAGUGACAGUGAACGAAUGUCUAGACACUACAGUGAAUCGAACUAAAGGCAAUAGCGCAAAUGCGCUCAUUGGCAAACAUUUCGAUGUUAAGCGAAAUGAUGUAAAUACGACAACGACGACGACGACGAUGGCGACGACGUUGGACGCAAUUACAAAUAGAAAUAAUGGAACUGUCAAUAUUAUAAAUACGGACAACAAUAAUAAUAGUGGAAAUAAUAGCAACAGUAGCAAAAAUAAUAGUAAUAGCUCUAGUAAUACAAAUAAUCGCUUAAGCAACAUAAAUAAUAUGUUUAGACUGCCCUCAAAUGCAAGCGCAGAAUUACGAAGGCAUUUCAAUUUAGCACACUCAUCGCCAUUUGGAUCGUCACCCUCAUCCACGUCGGACAACAUUGUUGACAAUGCAUUAGCAAAUACGUCCACACACUUACAACAAAGUAAUAAUAGUUUAAGUAGCAAAGCUUUUAUAAAUCACAUAUCGGAAAGUGCGAACGAUCUGUCUGAGUCUCUACAAGCGGACGAUGAAAAAGCGGCCACAAAUGAAUUGUAUUCCGAAAUGUUUGGCGAUUGGUUGCACUUUCGGCCAAAAACACCGGACGAUGAGCUCGAUAUUUUUGGAACAUUUGGAGAAGAUUUUCCACAAUUUUCCGAAAAUGCAUCACUAUCUGUUGAUAUUCAACGAAUCACCGAAGCCAAUUGCGCAACAACCAGUUCACAAACAAAUGGCACGGCUUUAACGUUAUCGGCACAGCCCAGCACCAGUGACACAAGUGGAAAGUAUUCACCAAAAUUGAUCUUCGAUCAAAGUGCUGACAACACAUUCAAAACAAAUCCAUUCUCAUACGAAUACCUGCAAGCAAACACACCGAAAAUUGAAACGUAUCCAUUUGAUUCGACAUCAUCGCCACGAUACGAUGAUGAAUCAUCUGCGGAUGAACUCAAUCUGAGCGGUGACAGUCUACCUGGUCUAACAUUAAGUCUGGGUGACAAUGAAGCGAACGACAAAGCGAUCGACACACUACUGGAAGAAUGCAAUGUGUUUGACUCUGUUGAAGAUCUAAAAUCAAUAAAUCCGAAUGCGUUCUGGAAUGGUUUAUUGGAUGAAAAUGGAUCGCUACUGGAUGUCAUAGAUAAUAAGAAGCAGCCGACCGAUGGUGCGGCACCAGCAAUGGCCUCAACAACGAACAUCAUCGAUCGAAAGCCCAUACGACGAAGAUCGCAUCCAAAUCAACGAAUUGGACAUUCUGCGUUCAACAUUGUGAAUUUGCACGAUGACGAAAGCUGCUUUGUAAAAAGUGAUUCAUCAAAGGAUGGAGCACCAAAAUUGGGCAGACUGCAAACAUCCAACGAUGCAACCGGUGCUAUUUCAAUUGGUGGUGAUGGUUGCGGCGGUGAAGCAUCCACAUCGGUGAAGAAGGAACUGGAUGGAAUUGAGGUGGCCGAAUCGAACGCAAUGCCAAACAACACAAUGGAAAUUCAGAUUAAAGACGAGCCAAUCGAUGAAACAAAUACAUCGAACGUAGACGAACAAAGUUUACAUGUUCGACAACAAAUUGUUCCUGUGAUUAAGACUGAAAUUGGAAACAAUGUGCCAGUUGUUUCGAAUGCUGCAAUUCAACGGCCCAUAACUAUACAGCAAACCGCUCAGCUACAGCAGCAAUCGCACCAACAAACUUUCGCCACAAAUGAUCAAACUUUGAUAUUGUCAUCGAGACCAAUUCGUCGACUGACAACGAACGGACCGGCCGAUGGAAAAUCCGGCAUCCAACAUUUGCUGAUAAAUCGAAAAUUCCAAAUGAUAACGCCACGCACCAUGGGCGACGAUAAAGACGAUGUUAAGCCAAAAAUUAUUGAAGGGGCCUAUCUAAAGUUGCCGACCGAUUUUAAUGUUGUGUCAUCGAAUGCAAUAUCAACGAUAAAUGCAUCGAACGCAACAUCAAAACACAACUAUAGUUUACCACCACAAGCAGCCUUCCAUCAACCGAUUACCCUAAUUGGCCAACCGCAACAAAGUCAAAACAAAGUGAUCAUCAAUCCGUCGCAUCUGUCCACCAAUUUGGCAUUGGCCACACAAUCAAUGACCGAUAAAAUUACCAUACCAACAUCGAAUAUUAAAUUGAAUUUGGUGCCAUCGUUGGCACAGGUAAUGCAAUCCCAAGGUAGUUUGGUGAUCGAUGCUAAAGGUGCCGUUGACAUGAAUCAAGCGUCACAACAACAAGGUGGAAUGGACCAAACGGUGUCGGGUGCAACAACAUCGACUGCAUCGCAAAACGUUUCACAAAUACAUUAUCAACAACAGCAAAAGAUGGCGCAGAAUAUUGAUCGAACACGCAUCUUGUAUACAAACAUCAAGAAUAAUCGUGGCAGUGCACAGUUUUUGACACAAAUAAAUCCAAAAGUGGUCAAUAUCGUGAGCGGUGGUUCAGUUCAAGGACUUGUCAAUAAAACAAUACAACGGGUGGUGGUGUCAUCAAGCCAAUCACAAAAUCAACAAUUGGCAACGGCAUUCCGACAAUCGACAAAUGCAAAUGCAAAUUCGGCUCAAGCAACAAACACAUUGCUGGGAACAAAUGCAGCGGGUAAUACAUUGAUCAUAACAACAAGCACAGCGUCCGAUGGAUCUUCCAUUAUAUUCAAUGAUAUAAACACAACAUCCACAAAUGCAAACAGUAUUAACACAAAUAAUAGCAAUCAAACAAUAAAUUUGGGUAAUUUAACGGAAAAAUUGAAUCACAACGAUGGCAGUGCGACUAGCAUAAACAGAUGAGAAAAUUUGGCCACAAUUUAUGUCCGACUUUUGGUUCGGCGCCAAAUACACCACAAAAACAACAACAACAAAAAUCUACACAAUAAAACACACAAACAUAUUUAUACUUGGUACAUAUAAACAUUUAGGCAGUUUGUACGCAAAAUGCGUGUUAUAAAAUGGUUGGAAGAGGGAGAGAGAAAGAGCGAACAAGAGAUAAAAUUGAACGAACGACCGAACGAACGAUAGAAAAGAGUGCAUUUUGAAUUUUUAAAAACAAAAUGAGAGGCUUGUAUCAUCUGAAGAUCUCAAGAUGAUCGACAGCACACGUAAUGAACGUAAAACUUUUACUGCAAACAAAUAAAACCUAAUGUUGAAAUAACGAAAGAAACGAAGAAAAGAACCAGCCCAAUGUACUAAGUAAUUUAACAUUUUAUUUCUUAAAAUGCAAGAAAAACAAUUGGAAAAAAAUUAAGUUUUAUUUUGCAGUAGUAGAUGAGGCCAUAUAAAGAAAAACCAAUAUGAUCAUUGAAUGUGCGACACGGCACUUGUGAUAUUUGCAUGUAUAAAACCAAAAUCGAAAAUUUCAUACCAUUUGAAAUAUGCGUUUGUGUUAUGUGUCCGAAUAAUAAAUCGAAUCGAGUGAAUAAAUUGUUUCGCAAAUUUUAUGAAAGUAUCGUGGCAAGUUGCAUACCGUUCAUCAUCUUUGUGUAUGUGGAAUCCAAAGAUGGAUUGGCAAAUGAGAUUCGCAUUGAAACAAAUAAGUUGCUUACCGUUGUACACUCUGUCAUCCGGUUUUGUCGUCCGCUAUUGUUGCUGCCUCUACAGUGAAUCAACAAAACUCUCUCAAACACAUACACACACUCACACACUCACUCUAAUUAAUCAUUACCAGUUAGAUUUCCUAAUAAUUCAUACGAAAAACAAACAUUCAAUUGGAUCUCACACGUACAUGAUCUGUUUUGUGAUUUUGAACUGCAGAAAAAAGCUGUAGAAUUCUAAAAUUCAAAUCGCCAUCUUCCUCCUCAUUUUAUAAGCAUACCAUUUUCUUCUUACGAAGAAUCUUCACACAUACACACACACAAACGAACACGAACAGAAACAAAAUGAUGAACAUUUUUUCUUCGGCACAUUCAAAUCACAUUUAUUUUUCUUUUUUUUUUCGUCCAAUUAUGUGUAUUUCCUAAGCAAUAAUAUGCGAGACAAAGACCAGCAAUAGCAACAAACGAGCGACCGAACGAAAUGAAAGCACUAGAAAACUAGAUAAAAGCAGGAAUAUAUGAAGAGAUAGAGAAAGAAUGUGUGUGACGUACAGAAAACAAAUGAUUAAUUUAGCAAAUAUUAAAUGGUUGAAGAUUUGUAUUUAAAAAAAAUGAAUUAAACAAACAAAAAAAAAUCACAAAACAAAACUAUAAAAUAUAAUAAAAAAAAACAAAAUCGAGAAAAAAAAUCUGCUGCGCUAUUUUUCUGUUCGCUUUAAUGUUGCGUGUAUUUGAAGCAUAAUUUUAAAUGAACAUACUGAUUAAGAACAAUCAAAAAAACUGAAAUACAAAAAAAAACCUGGAAAAUGAAAUGAAAAGUAACAAUGAUAGAGAAAAACACAACAACAACAACACAAGUAGAAAUGAACAAAAUUCAAUUGAUAAGCGUAACAAGAAGAAAACUUAACAAACGUACACGUUUGUUUAAACACUUUUUUUCUUAUUCUUAAGGUCAUUUGUCUCAAUCUCUUCUAAAACUGCAAAAAAAAAGUUUUUUUUUUUUUUUGAAAGAAACACAAAAACAAACAACAAAAAAUGAAUAGUCAGAUUUAUUUGUAAAUUACAAUCAAUUUCAAUCGAAGAAAAAAAAUAAGAAAAAAUUGUUGCCGUACAUAUGCCAAUGAUGGUCAUCAUCAUUAGAUUCCAAUGGAUCGAUAUGAUCACAUGGUUGACACAAGUGCAGUUUGCUAUAUACUCCAGAAUCGCAACCAUGGCCAGUUAAUUCACUCGGAUAGUGAUCUUCAUUGGUAUAUAUACGACUACGUAUAUAUAAAUAUAUAGGUAUUUUCUUUUUUGUAUUGCUUCAUGUAAAUAUUUUUUUUAUAAAGAUAGGUUUUAGAAAUUUAGCAUUGUAAGAUGUAUUAAGUUGAAUAUAUUAAAAGAUAAUUAAAUAAUUGUGUAUUUCAUUCAGCUA